AGCUAUCGAUUUCUCAACUUCCACCUCCCUUUAAGUUCAGUCCAGAUCUUCGUCUUCGCAUCGGGGGACCAAGGUAGUUCCGAAAAUGGCUUCUCAGAGUGGAAUCGGCAUCAGUGAGGCACUGUCCACCGCCUUCGUCGAUGCAGUCUCCAACAAGGGUUCUCUCAGGUUAAUAUUGGUGCAAAUUGAAAAUGAGUCACUCGUCCCAAGUCUAGUUCGACCACCAACAGAAUCAAAAACUGAAGUCGAGGAUUUUGAACUCCUAGGCGACAUCCUUCAGGAUGAUAAACCCGCCUAUGUCCUCUUUCGGCUUGGGGAUAAUGCGGAAAAAGACUGGUUGUUUAUAUCAUAUGUACCCGAUCAAGCCAAAGUGCGGGAUAAGAUGCUUUACGCUUCCACCCGGGCAACAAUCUCGCGACAGCUUGGUGAUUCGAAUUUUAAGGAUUCAAUGUUUGCAACUACGAAGGAUGACUUGACUCCCAAGGGAUAUCUGGCUCAUUUGGCAUCACAAAAAGCCCAAGCACCUAUGACUUUACGAGAACGAGAAUUAGCUGACAUCAAGGCUGCCGAAGGAGCCGACCUAUCAUCGAUGGGUACAGCAAUGCGAAGCUCGAACGUAUGGGGCUCGGGCGACAAUACGGUCAAUGCUAAUCUGGGGUUGAAAUGGCAUGAGGAUGCUCAAAAGUCCCUGUCUUCCUGGUCAGCCGAAGACGGCGGUCCAAUAGUUCAAUUUAAUAUCGACAUUCCUACUGAGACGAUCGUUGUAUCCUCUCACGACCAUUCGGGUCAAUUACAAUUUCCUGACGACCAACCAACAUACACAUUUUACAAAUUUGUUCACGAUGGAGAUUCUGAGCGUCGAGUCUUCAUCUAUUCUUGCCCUUCAAAGUCUCCCGUCAAAUCCAGAUUGAUUUAUUCCUGCAACUCGUCCUCCGUUUCAUCGAAAGGCCCUGAAUAUGGAUUCACACUUGACAAGAAAAUCGAAACAUCCAAUCCUGAGGAAGUCGAUAUUGAUUAUAUCAAGUCGGAGCUCAUAUCUUCUUCACUUUCAACGUCCAACCCCAAUUCUUCAACUCUCAAACCAGCAGCAGGCUUUGCCAAACCUCCUCGACCUGGCCGAAGGAGAUGAUCCGCUGAUCAAUCAAUCACGUUUACCUUUGGAUUGAACAUUUCGGAAUACUAGAUCUGAUGUUUCUUUGCAUCUUUUUUUAACACUUACUCUGUUGUUGUGACUUAUAGAUAUUGGAUGAUCCCAUUUAGUGUAUACACUUGUCGUAUCGAAAAGAUAACAUAUUCUAGUUUGAAAGCCUCGAUGGAGAAAAUGAACGACGUGUCUGCUGGGUCCAGCAAUUGCUUCUUUACAGAAAUGUAUGUAUACAGGCCCGUAUAACUUUGAGCGUCAUCUGACCCCUUCAGUUGUAGAUCCUCGGCCGCCUGAUGAGACCUAUGAGUCUUCCAGGUGCUUCUGGGUUUGGAGAUUCUGGGUUGGAAUCACGAUCAUCAGUUGAACAGAACUACAUCAAUUGCCCGCAAGGACAGGUUGGUUCUUUUGGGUCACAUUUACUGAUCAUACACACGGAUACACUCUUUGUGGAGUUUUUUUUACCCCGGAAAAUCUAUACAUGCUUGUUUGAA